GUGAGGCGGUGCCCGACUACCAGAUGGCGUUCCAGGCCGAGGCAGGGAACCACCCCUCCUUUGAGGACAUGCAGGUCCUGGUGUCUCGAGAGAAAGAGAGACCCAAGUUCCCUGAGGCCUGGAAAGAGAACAGUCUGGCGGUGCGGUCCCUAAAGGAGACCAUGGAGGACUGUUGGGACCAGGAUGCUGAGGCCAGGCUGACCGCUCAGUGUUCAGAGGAGCGCAUGGCUGAACUACUGCUGAUCUGGGACCGGACCAAGUCUGUCAGCCCCACGGUUAACCCUAUGACCACCACACUGCAGAACGAGAGGAACCUGUCCCACAGCCGGAGGGGUCCUAAAGUCAGCCCCUACCCAGACUACUCCUCCUCCUCCUACAUCGAGGACCACGAGGGCCACACGGUGAAGAACCUUCCUGGGGGAGACACCUCUGUAUCGGGUACCUCCUCCGUCGGCGUCCUGGGUGGAACCAGCAGUGUACCCGCAGGCCCAGAGAAGAAUCGAAACUCCAUCAACGCCGAGCGUCAGCAGGCUCAGGCCCGUCUGCCCAGCCCGGAGAGCAGCGGCGCCAGCCUCUCCACACCCAACACGGUCAUGACCACCAUCUCUGAGUCGGGUCAAGGGGAGGACUCAUCCGGCCCACUAGGUGGCACUGUGCUGGGGCUGGUGUGUCUGCAGCUGACCCAGGAGGACUUGGAGACCACCAAGCUGGACCCUAAAGAGGUUGACAAGAACCUGAAGGAGUCUUCUGAUGAGAACCUUAUGGAGCACAGCCAGAAACAGUUCUCUGCUCCAGACCCCCUCAGCUGUAAGUCUUCCUCCCUGCUCUACCCCCUCAUCAAGCUGGCUGCGGAGGUGACUGGGGCCGGGCCUGGGGCCCAGGGAGGGUCUGGGACCGGGGCCAGUGGGAUGGGGGACCCUCCAGCUACUAUGUUCCCCCUGCCCAAACAGCAGAACCUCCCCAAGCGGCCCACCAGCCUACCACUCAACACCAAGGCCAAGGAGGGCUCUGGUUCCUCCAGGCUGAAGUCUGGGAAACACCGGUCCAACCUGAAGCAGGUAGAGACGGGCGUGGCCAAGAUGAACACGGUCGCCCCAGCGGCAGAGCCACGCCUUGUUAACGUUACCAACAACGGGCCAGCGGCCGUCGGAAACGGGGUGCGGAGCGGCGUAAGCGUUGUGGUCGUCAACGGUUACCUGAACGGAGGCGUGGCCUCUUCAACUGGAGGUGGGGCUCCUUACGGGACUACCAAUCCGGCGGGGCCUCAGGGGGAGUUGGGCGGAGCGACACCCUUGUUACAGACCCAGCUCAGCGGAGAGGACAGUAGACUCAACAUCAACUCCAGUCCUGAUGAACAUGAACCACUGCUAAGGAGAGAGCAGCCCACCGCAUGUGACCAGAGACCAACCAAUCACCUGGCGGGACGCACCAACACUAACAACAACAACAACCGUCUGGUGAUCACAUGUCCAUCUGUAGAGGGAGAGCCUGAACACCUCACCUUUGUCCCCAUACCUAGACCUGUCUCUGUACCCAAACCCAUCUCCGUACCUAUCAUUGCCCCUCUCACUGCCCAACUACCAGCCCCAGCCCCAGCCCCAGUCUCAACCCCAACCCCAGCCCCAGUCUCAACCCCAGCCCCAAUAUCAACCCCAGCCCCAGUCUCAACCCCAGCCCCAGCCCCAGUCUCAACCCCAGCCCCAGCCCCAAUAUCAACCCCAGCCCCAGCCCCAAUAUCAACCCCAGCCCCAGCCCCAGCCCCAGCCCCAAUAUCAACCCCAGCCCCAGCCCCAAUAUCAACCCCAGCCCCAGUCUCAACCCCAGCCCCAGCCCCAGUCUCAACCCCAGCCCCAGCCCCAGUCUCAACCCCAGCCCCAGCCCCAGCCCCAGUCUCAACCCCAGCCCCAACCCCAGCCCCAGUCCCAGCCCCAGUCUCAACCCCAGCCCCAGUCCCAGUCCCAUUCUCAACCUCAGCCCCAGCGGCCCUCAGACAGCCCAAACCCAGACGACCUGAGAGACCCUGCUCCCUGGACCUGUCUGGCUCCUCACACAACAGCUCUUCAGGUGAUGGUUCGUCGCUGGACGGCCAGGGAGGGUCAGGUGAGAAGAUCAAACGCCGUGUCAAGACACCGUACUCCCUGAAGAGGUGGCGCCCCUCCACCUGGGUGGUCUCCAUGGAUACGCAGGUUGGAGAGGUAAACAACAACGGAACCUGUCGCUCCAAGUCCUCCACUGCCGUCUACCUGGUAGGAGGGGGGACUACCACAGCCACCAUGACCUCUGACCCCUGUGACCCUGGCAUGACCUGCCUGUGAACCCUGACCCCUGGAGGAGGGUGUGAUAACAGGUGGGCAGUGUGUUGCAGAAAUGCCAGCUGCCUGUUUGCCAACUACACCCAGCUGGCUACUACCCUUUGUGUGGUCGGCUACCUCAAUGACUUUAACAACUUGGGGUGUAUCAGAUGCCACCAAAUGUAAUUGUUUUUAGGGCAGAAUGUGUUGCUCUAACCUCCCACACCUCCAUAGCUGGCAACUUUUUUUCAUUACGCUGGCUACAUUCGAUUGUCGGGAACACAUUGAGGAGGGCGUGGCCUCCUUAGGCUACGGCUGCGUCUGCAAUAACACCCUAUUCCCUAUGUAGUGCACUACUUUCGACUAUCGAUAUGGUCGAUAGGGUAGUGCGUCUGUUGUGAAUAGGGUGCCAUUUGAGGCGUUGCCUACCUGUAUGACAGCAUGCUCCGGUUUCCUGAUUUCCUGGUUCAAAUUCCGUCAGAAGGAGAAGAAACGAUGUGACUGCAAGAGAAUCAAUUGUCAAGAAAGAAGCACUUAUAAAUUAUGAUAUUCUUUUCUUCUCAACUUUUUCUUUACUUUGAAGAACUUUAAAACAGAAUAUAGCUAUGCAGCAACAUUGGCUUCAGUUGCUUCCAUUAUAAAUGCUGUUCCACAUAAAUCAUUGUAUGAUUGUACGUAUGGCUGUUUUUUGAAUUUUGAAAAAUGUUGUUUUAUUGUUUUCGCACUUCAAAAAAAAAAAAAAAAAAGUGAUGUCAAUCAUCUAGU